CACCGCACCUGCUACGCUGUGCUGUCAGUAAAGAUGGCGUCCUCUCGGGCUCCGCUGCUCCGCCGUCGCCGCAGCUCCAUGGCUCUCGCCGUGUUCCUCGGCCUGUUGAGCGUUUUGAACGCGGGGACGUGUGACGAGCAGGUGCCACUGCUGCUGUGGACUAGCGGAGGGACGUCUGCACCAAGUCAGGCUCCGCCCCCUGCCGGUCACAUUGUGGGGCAGCAGCAGCUUGCUGCUUACCUGGAGAACGCUCUGAACAUGGGUCCAAAGAACGUGGUUCUCUUCCUACAGGACAAGAUGAGUGUGGAAGACUUCACUAUGUACGGAGGAGCGUUCGGAAACAAGCAAGACAGCGCCUUUCCAAACCUGGAGGGGGCACUGAUGUCGUCGUCCUCCCCACUGGUGUUGCCCUCUGUCUCCUGGCCCGCCUCCAACGCAGUGAUUGGUCAGCUCCAGGACCAAUUAGAGACCUCCCCUCUGUACAUGGACCCAGAAACGCUGAGUCAGCUCAGGCUCAACGCCUCCUCGCCCGCACUGCUGGUGUUCAGGCUGCCGUACGGCGUCGGGUCUGACCUGAUGUCGGCCAAAGAAAUCCUCAGCGGAAACGAUGAGGUGAUCGGUCAGGUGCUGAGCACCAUGAAGACUCAGGCUGUUCCGUACACGGCCAUCUACACGGCACUGAGGCCGUCCAGGGAUGCAGCGUCUCUGUCGGUUGAAGCAGGUGUCGGUGGAGGACGCUCGCUGCUGCAGGCGCGAGGAGGAGAAAGAGACAGAGACAGGAAGCAGAGGAUUAAAGAGAGAGACGGGGUCUACGCUCCUGUGGAGUUUAAGGAAGGGGAGGAGUCUUGUAUCCUCCUGUGGGCCAAAGGUCUGUCGGUGAGUAUCCUGCGCAGCGGCCGCUGGGAAGACCACGACCUGACGUCCUCCACCUUUGGAGAGGGAGUCAAGCCCAAGCUGCACGGCUCCAUCUGUGACAAGACCAGAGCAAAGCUGGUUCUGAACUAUGACAACGUUCUAGGACACCGCAGCUUCAAACUGAUCUUGGCCAUGAGUCAGCGUCAUUACCAGGUGUCUGCGCGGCGCUGGUUCACUCUGGACGCCGUGGAGCUGGAGUACGACGGCACCAAGGCCACGUUCAACGGCAGCAGGAACAUCUACGCUCCGGCCGAGUUCUCGUACCGCUGCGAGUCUGUCACCAACUUCCGAUGGCCGCUGCUUGUCCCACGCUCGGCCAAAGAUCCGGCCAAUCAGUGGAGAGUCUCCUUCGAAGACUUCCAGAUUCAGGGUUUUAACGUGAGCGGCGGCGAGUUCUCGUACGCCAGUGACUGCUCCGGCUUCUUCUCCCCCGGGAUCUGGAUGGGCCUGAUGACCAGUCUGCUCAUGGUUCUGGUCCUGACCUACGGCCUGCACAUGAUCAUGCAGCUGCACACCAUGGACCGCUUCGACGACCCCAAAGGUCCGGCCAUUUCUGUGCCGCAGACGGAGUAGCCACGCCCACCGCUUCCCAACCUUUCACGACCCGAUUUUUUUUUUUUUUGAAAGACGUCAAACUAUUGUGAAGUAAAAAUUUGUGAAAAAAGUAGCAACUAAUUUACAAAUUCUUCAAAUUUCUUUUUGGGGGGGGGGCCCGAAUAAAUCUUCCACGACCCAUCUGUGGGUUCCCGAGCCAGUGUUUGGGAACCACUGUCAAGUUGCAUUCAAGUUUCUGUUUCUGUGAAAGAUAAAAAAAAAACGCAGUCCUAAAACGCAGCAUGUGAUCUCUUGUCUCCUGAACGAUAAAGAUAAAUUCUACAUGUUUUCUAAGUUGCGAUUUAACGUUCAAACUCUGAUUUUUGUAAACGUUGACUUCAGUUUUGCGACAUAAGUAAAAAAGAACAAAGCAAAUACGGGUUUGAACAUGAAAUUGAAAUAUUACCAGAAUUAAGUCGCAAUGUUCUUGUCGCAGUGUUUGUAUUUUUAACGAAUCCUGCACUUAUCGAGAACUACAGAAUUGUCUGUGUUUUUUCUGAAAUUUUGGGGAAAUAAUUUAAGCAAAAUGGUGGCGCCUUUAGUUCCAGCAUCUUGGUGCCAAGUCCUAGAUUGCGAAGGAUUAUCGGCGUUGGAUUCUUAAUGUAUAUUAAACAUUCUUCAAUUUAUCGCAAGAACACACUGAGCUGAUAUUGUACGUUAAACGUAACAUCACGGUUUGUCACGUGUCAAAUUGGCAGUUUUGACGCUAUUUGUUUAUCGGAAGCCCACGUGUUUCCAUCAGAAGUCGAUGGAAGGCGUGGCCAUGUCCUUUCCCGAUCAAAUGUGCUGAUUUGUCGUUGUACAAGUUUUCUGAUUUGCGCGUCUCCUUGUGUGGUUGUCACAGCGCCACCCAGUGUAAGCCACGUGCAUCAACGCAUCUUAAAUGUGCAGUAAAAGUCGACGCCAGCGGCGUUUUCAUUUAUCGCAUUAUUUUUGUUUGUUUAUGUACUGCGAUGUUUGAAGGCGUUGUUGACUCAGUGUUUGAUUUUUUGAUCUUUCACAGAAAACGAGGAUUAAAGAAACAAACUGUAAAUAAAUGGGAACAAAAAAGAGAAGAAAAGUUAUUUAUUAUUGUUUGUGAUGUGUAGCUGUUAAAGGAUCGUGUUUGAUGUGACACAUUAUUAUUAUUUAUUAACUCUACAAAACGUGUGUCAUCGAGUCAUGGUCAUGGUAACGUUUGAAUUGUUCUGUGUUUAUUAUUAUUAUUAUUUAUGACGUGCACUGGAAAAAAAAUGUGAACUUUUCUGUCAGUGAUUUUUGUUUUUGUUGAAAAUUUGUGGUGAAUGUUGACGAUGAUGUGAUUCUGCUUUGACCCCAAUAAAUAAAUGAAUGAACAAAAACAUGUUUGUUCAGUACAAAAAUU